UUGAUUUGUAUAGUCUAUGUCAUUACAAGAUGGCUUGCGGAAAUUAGUAUUUGAAACGUUUCGUGAAAGUACUACUUAUUUUAGAUAUUUACCUUGUUAAAUAUUUAUUAUAUUAUCGUAUUAUGGGUUCGACGAAGAAGCAUAAGAUUCGCGAAACGAAGAAAAGGAAGCACCGCAGCAGAAGUAAAUCUCGGUCUCCGGAAAGAAGCAAACAUCGACAUCACAAAAGACAUCAUAAAGAUAGGAAGAAGGAGAAGAUAAUAAAAGAUAAAAAUGGGGAAUUUAUCUCCAAAUACGACACGUAUGACAGUGAAGAUGACGUGGUCGUGGUACCCCCUCCCCCCAAAAUCUCUCGUCCAUCUACGCCGCCGCCGCCUGCUAUAUCGAGCAAUGACAGUUCUUCAGCACCUGUCAGUUCAAGGUCUGACCAGUCGUUGUCUAUUGAGGAAACCAACAAGUUACGGGCACGUCUCGGCCUUAAGCCGCUUCGAAUUGAAGACUUUUCUGCAUUUAAGGAAGAUGGCACAGAAAAGAAAAAGGAUUUGGACAAAGAUGGUGGUACUGAUAUGGGAGAAUUUGUUCACAAACCAGCUGAAAAUCUCUCUCAGAAGGCCAAAAGUGAGAAAUUGAAGCAGAAAGUAGCAGACCAUAAAGAAAAGCGGUGGAUUGAGUCAAAGUUAUCUCAUACUAAGUUACUGGGCGAGUCGUGCGAGGACGACGACUCCGCUCAGGCUUGGGUGAGUCGCAGUCGCAAAAUGCAGGAAGAGAGGAUACAGGCUGAGAAACGGGCAAAAGCUCUUGAGGAAUUGGACGCAGAAUUUGGCGUAGGUGACCUGGUGGAGGAUGAGAUGAGAAAUGAACGAAGAGAAGCGUAUUCUUCACGAGACUUGAGAGGCCUCAGAGUAGAGCAUACAGUCGAUGGAUUCUCUGAAGGGAAGACAGUGAUACUAACAUUGAAAGAUCAGGGAGUGUUGGAUGAAGGUGAUGAUGUCCUUGUGAAUGUUAACAUGAUCGAUGAUGAACGGUACAAAAAGAACAUAGAAAAGAAGAAACUGAAAACAAAUGUUCAUGGUUAUGAUGUACACAAAGAAGAUGAUGAGCUAGAAGACAAACCAUCAGUACUAAGCAAAUAUGACGCAGAAAUAGAGGGUGAAAAGACGUCAAGCUUCGCUUUGGGAGAAGAGAUGUCGGAAGCAGCCCGGCGUCAGAACUUGCAGGUCGUGAGACUGAAGCUUCAAGGAAAGACACUUGUCUCUCUAGAUCUCCCUGCACCGCGGUUAGCCUCAGAAUAUUAUACAGAAGAAGAAAUGUCAGUGAAAUUCAAGAAGCCCAAAAAGAAGGUACGGAAGAUUCACCGAAAACAUUUGAAGGCUGAAGAUUUGGAACCAGAUAGCGAUUGGACUCGUGAUUUAGGGUCUCGCUCUUUGAGGGGAAGUCAACUUUCUGCAAGUGGUGAUUCCAGUGAAAUAGAGCAAGUUAAAGUGAAACAAGAAGUUGAUGAUGAUGAUGAUGAUGACGACGACGAUGUGGUGGAAAUGAAGGAAGUUUUAAACACAGUUGAUGCGCAGUCCAAAAUCAAGGUUGAGCCUGAUGAUAGUGAAUUGGAGCUGCAGUUGGCCCUGAAGAAGGCACGGAAGUUGAAGCUACAGGAGGCUGUCACAGAAUCAAAGAACAGCAUAGAAAAGGUGGCUAAGUCUAUAUUGGAAAGAAACUCGGAAGGUAACGUGGAAGGCGGUUCCAUUGUGCUGAAUGCCACGGCGGAAUUCUGCCGUACGCUGGGUGACAUCCCGACUUACGGUUUGGCUGGCAACAGAGAUGAAGAUGCCCAGGAACUGCUUGACUUUGAAAGAGAAAUGAUUGAAGAGAAGAAACGCCAGGAAGAAGAGGGCAAACGUGGGGCUUGGAAUGAAGUUGAAAUUGAUGAAACGCCAGUAGAUGUGCUGCCUGCUGAAGUACCGAUCUUGGACGUGGAACCCGACGUGGGUGUCGGAGUUGCCGGCGCUCUCCGUUUGGCAGUCAGUAAGGGUUAUCUGGAGCGCGAGGAUAUGAACAAGCCCUCGGCUUCGCGCUUUGCUCACCUCCAAGCUCAGAACUAUUCCAUCGAGGACAAGACACACAUAGAUGAUGAUAAGUUUGGUCGUCGUGAGCGCUACAGCGGCCCAACUUCUGACUUCAAGGAGAAGGAUGGUUAUAAACCAAAUGUUAAACUUGAUUACAUUGAUGAUGAUGGACACGUACUUAAUGCAAAAGAGGCUUUCCGAUAUCUGUCUCAUAAAUUCCAUGGAAAGGGACCAGGAAAGAAUAAAGUAGAGAAAAGAAUGAAGAAAAAUGAACAGGAAGGGUUAAUGAAACAAAUGAGUUCAACCGACACGCCACUUGGAACGUUGAACCUCUUGCAGCAGAAACAGAAAGAAACGCAAUCUCCAUUUGUGGUCCUCAGCGGUAGUAAACAAACAGCAACCAUCUCAAAAACAAAGUUAUAAUUCCUUCAUGAACUACGUUAAAUGGCAUCAAGCUUUACAACCCUAAAAUUAAUUCUGAAACUUCAGUUUUGUAGAAUCUUAUUGGCUGGAUUACUAUGCUUUAUUUUUAAAUUCAGCGAAUAAGGAGCAUCGCAGCUCCUAAUACAGUUCACGAAUGUCGUGUGUUACUGGUGUAUACAGUAGGGUGGUGGCCCUGUCACGCCUGCAAGCUGGAGUGGUUGAGAAGUGUAACUUUUAAGCGGCCCAUACACGUACGAGUCUGGCUCAACGAGCUUGACUCGUGAGCCGGGCUCUGAUGUAUUUCACCACGCGUGCGUAGCGGACUCGGCUCUUGACACCCCACCCACAAACGAGUUUGGCUCGAUGGAACCCGAGCCGAGCCAGACUCGUACGUGGACGGGCCAUUUUAGUGGUAGUUACAUUCUUGUAUGACUUGCAGCUGAUGAAAAUUCUGUAAGCUAAAGUGGACACACGUAGUAAAAGUGCAGUUGUUUCUUACUGAAUAUAAUGUUUGAAUAUGCACAUUCAAAGAAGCGUCGCCAUAUAGACUUGUGCAAUAAUAAUGGUGGAUCAUGACAUUCUGUAAAACUAAUCUUACGGAAAUUGAGGUGAGUCGGCCCGUGUUUGUUCGCACACAAAAAUAUCUACAGACUUUAUUUUACGACAGUUUAAUAUGCAGUCCUCUGUUCAAACUUCUGGUAGUUCUGUAUUAGUUACUAAAAAAAAAUGAGCAAAGUGUUGAAAUAAAUAAUCUAAGAUAAAAUGCUUUGAAGAAGAACGUAAAACAUAAACGUGAAGAAAGUUCACGGUACCCCUGGACUGAAAUCUCUGAAUUAUUAGGCAGAGUUUCAAAUAUCCUGAUGUGUUGCUGAUAAUCUUCACUUAUACGAGAUUCAGAGACAAAUGUUAGAGCUACCUCUUGAUGGUUUUGAAACAGAAAUUGUAAAGUAAAAUCACAGCCUAUUAUGUAGGAUCCCUCAAGAAGAACGCGUUCAUUUUAUACGAAGUUCCGCUCUUCGUCGACCUUGUAGAGAUGACCGUGAUUUGUGAUGUUCUUCCCCAGAUCAGAUCUGCUUAUGGUUAUUGAUGCUUAGUAUUAUCUGUCCUCACCAGCGACACUAGUAAGUCAUUAAUUUCCGGCUAAUUCAGACUUUGAGCGCUUCAUGAUACCUGCCAAAAGCGACUGAAGUCGUACUUCCUCAUUAGUCACAAGAAAGGGGAAGAAAUGUUUUAUUUUGAGAGCAUGGAUUAGGAGUUGGAAUCCAGGAAGGAUCAGUGGAGCCUGAAGGUGGUGACUUGAUUCUUCGGAUUGUUGCAUUAAUAUACUUGCAAUUCCUAAAAUUCUGUACCCUUUAAGUACUUCAAUUUUCUCUUUUGCCCAUUAAGUUGACUGUUAAUGAUUUAUUUUGUAAUGUAAUUCUUCUGAACUAAUUUUAAUGCAGUUUGUAAACUGGUUUAUGUUCGCUGAUGGAACUAGUUCAACCAGAAAUUAUAUUUGUAUGCACUCAACCUAGAUGUAGCAGUGAUUACAUUCAUAGGAAUUUGGUUUAAAAUUAGAAUUUAUAUUGCUGUCUUUUGUAUACUUUAAUUUAAAAAUAAGACUUGGCACGGCGAAGAGCUGCUACUCCAGAGGUUGAAAGUGGUUCUACUGUAAUGCGGUCUGGAGCUCAACCCAAACUGUGAAGACGAUUGGUUCGAAAGUGAAACAUGUUGUUACGUGAUAAAUAAUGUCACAAAAAAGAAACACCUUGGCGCAUGCAAAUGGUUUAGUCAGGUAUACCAUGUAUCUUCCUUAAUGCUGUGUCCCAUGUUCUGAGACGGGUCCGUCAAGAUACAUGACUAUGCAAUUGUCUGGUCUUUGAGUGGCCCUAAUACAUUGACUUCAGAAACAUAAAAUACUUAUAAAUUCUCCAGAUGAAAGUGUCCUUUAUCUUCAACUGAAGAAUGAUGAAGCAGAUGGAAAAUAAAAUAGCCAGAAACAUGGUUAUACAUCUCACUUAUUAUUGUUAGUGCGGUUAAAUCAGGGAAUAAUAGAGUGGACUUGUAGCUCAGAUGGGGAAACUAGAAAUGCAUACAGUAUUUUGGUAGGAAUCUUCUUGGAAAAUAACCAUUUGCAAAGCCAAGGUGGUGGAUAAUGUUAAACCAGAUCUUUACAAAAAUUGAAUCAUAUUGAAGGGGAGCAUUCAGUCUGCAGGUUCCGUUACCAAAGUGCUCGAGAUCCCCCUCCUGCAAAAAUGGUCUGUUGUAACUACAAAUAAGAAUUGUAUGUGAAAAUAGAUUAUAAACAUUCCUACA